AUGUGUAUGCAUAACCAUUUACCUGCAAGGCACACUCACAAACACGCCUAUACACAUGUUCCCACAUGCAGAUUCUACUUUACCGAGCAUAGACAUGGCUGUUCUACGGGGCGAGAGCAAGAGGGCAGGAGGAAAAUUCGCCCUAUUGUGUGGACGAACGUACUGGCUCAGCCGUCACACCUCUUGGAUAAAACCAGGAGAGCAGAUGUCACAGGGUCAACCUUCCAAUCCUGGAACGGUUUCCAAGCGAGUGCAAGUCAGCCAUUGGGUCAGGAUCUAGCUACUGGGGCAGUGGCCUCGAAGAGACCUGCACCUUAUUUGGACGCUAGGAUGAACCGUGUUGGAAAGCAGAUGCUGAAAUGGAGGGAAGAGGAGAUGCAAGAAGGUGGGCCGGAAGGAGAAGAAGAGGUGCAGGAGGCGGAGGAGGAGGAGGAAGAAUAUGAUGAGGAGGAAGACGAGGAAGACGAGGAAGAUCAAGAACAGGAAGAUGGACUAGUGGGGGAAAGAGGCUGGGCAGAGAAAAAGGCGCCUUUAAUGCGCCUCCUUCAUAACGCCCGAGAUGUGGAUUUUAGUUCCGCUCAGACCAGAAGCCUCAACUUAGUGGAUUCUGACAAAAUGAAAACGUCAGUCAAGAUUGCAUUCAAGGAAUCUACCAGGCCUGGGGCCUCCUUUGCCAGCUAUUCAACCCUCAGUGAUGGCACCUUCGAGUUAAAAACACCACCUUGCAAUAAGGUAGCUCAGGAUGGGCAGACCGAGGUGUCCGCCUCCGGUGAAUUUGAUGAGUCUGUCUGGAAUUUCGCAAACACCAUCACCUGGGAUACAUCCAGUCAGUUUCUGAGGCACAAUCCGGCGUCUGGUCUCCUGCAGCGUAGCAGCACGCAAACAGGUGAGAUAUUCCAGACAUGUGGUUAA